AUGGAUCCUCCUCGACAUAUUCGGCUGGAUCUUGUUUCCGUUAUGGCUAGCGCUACGCUCAUCGUGCUUGGAGGGGGUUGCAUGGGAGAGGCCCCGGCAAGGCAGGAUGUGCCACACGAUGAGGCAUCCCCUGCACCAUGGCAGCUCAAGUCGAAAUCUGUCGAAAUUCUCGGCUGGUUGCCAUUUCAAGUUGACACCGACAUCGGGGCUUUCGCAAUACUGCUGGCCGGUAAGGUUCUAAACUACUAA